ACCCAAACUUUCAAGGGUUUAUAUAAACCCCAGCGGCAGGCGAGCCUACUCUCUUCUCAAUCCCCCUACAAACCCUUUAUUUCUUUCAUCCUCGAAAGCUCUCUUAAAGUCUCUCUGCAAGUGCGCAUAUGGCGAAGAACGGACCGGGACUCUUCUCCGACAUUGGAAAGAAAGCCAGAGACUUGCUCACCAAGGACUAUGAUUGCGACCAGACGUUCACAAUCACCACCAACACCGACACGGGUGUGGCCCUUAGUUCCACAGUGGCAAAGAAGGGAGGUCUCUCUUCUGGUCAUGUGGCAGCACAGUACCAACAAAAGAAUGCUGUGCUUGAUGUCAAAGUGGAUACAGAAUCAAAUGUCUUGACAACCUUCACUCUCACAGACAUCCCACCAUCCACGAAAACCAUUGCUUCAUUCAAACUACCUGAUUACAAGUCUGGCAAGUUGGAGGCUCAGUAUUGCCACGAACAUGUAACUUUCACUACAGCUGUUGGUCUGAACCAGUCCCCCGCAUUUGAUUUUUCAGCCACCAUCGGUACUCCCAGCAUUUCCUUUGGAGCAGAAGCUAGUUACGUGACAGCUUCUAGAAACUUUGCAAAGUAUAAUGCUGGUGUAAGCCUGACAAAACCAGAUUCUAGUGCUUCAGUGAUUUUGGCUGACAAAGGAGACUCACUAAGAGUGUCGUACUUACACCAUCUAAGCCAGCUGAAUGGUGGGGCUGUAGCGGGAGAGAUUAGUAGAAGGUUCUCCACAAAUGAGAACACUUUGACAGUUGGAUGUUCAUAUGUGGUAGAUCCUCACACAGUUGUGAAGGCAAAACUCAACAACCACGGGAAUCUUGGGGCUCUUUUAAGGCACGAGCUUGUUCCCAAGUCCUUCCUGACAGUAUCUGGAGCCGUUGACACCAAGAACUUGGAGAAGCAUCCCAAGUUUGGGUUGGCACUGUCUCUCAAGCCUUGAACUGAUAUUAAUUUGAGAUAGGGCAUCAGAUUCAUCAAUUGGAAUGUCUAUGGCACAUUAUGGGUCUUCACCUUUACAUUCUGCAGUAUAUGCCAAGGCCUGCUUGGAAAGAGACUGCAAUUGUUUGAACUUUGGACUUCGGUGAGAGUAGUUAUCAGUUAUCGAUACCAAUCUCCUAGAGACAUUGUUGGGACGUCAGAUUCAGUUCUGUGAUUUGCAGUCUACCGGCAGGGGAUGCCCAUAGGGCACAACCGUGCAGUGGCUAAUAGAUUCGUGUUAAAUCUAGAAUGGCAAAAAAAAAAGUGUUGCUUAUGCUUAAAAGAUUGAAUAGAAGCUUUCAUGUUUAAUCUAGAAUGACAAAAAAAUGUGUUGCUUAUGCUUUUAAGCUUUUAACUGACAUGCCAAAAAUGGAAAUAGGCCAAAUUUCUUUUGGGCAAUAA